AUGACAGCAACAAACAACAACAACAACUUUAUCGUUUCUGAUGAAAAAGUUAUUGAUUCAUUAGUUGAGGAAUUAGUUGUGGCAGAAACUAAAACCCUCAACGAAAGAAUUGGUGAAAACAGGAUUGAUUUACAUAACUACCUCAAACAUGAUGGAGGAAGAGGAAGGAAAACUGGUACAGCUUUAUUAGUAAAUAAAAUUUCAAAUUUAACGAUUAUAGAUGUUGAUAUCAAUAAAUCAUACAAUGAUGAACUUAAAGAAACAGUUGGAAAAGACAUUUUAUCAAAACUUUCGGAUAAAGAUGUUAUCGUUAAAACUGCUUCAGGAGGUCUUCACAUUUAUUGCAACACUAAUUUCUUCUAUUCAACCUCGAACAGAAUGAUUAAAUGUUAUUCCUGCAAUGAUUAUGAUAUCGAUAUAAUGACUUCUAUGGAUGAUUCAAAGCGUUCAUUAGUGGUUAUGGCUGAUUCAAGAGUUCGAAAGAAUGCAUCAGAACCAAUCAAUACAUACUCAUUCAUUCGUGGAAGUUAUGAUUCAACAUUAACUAGAACAGUGAAUGAUAUAUUAAAUGAUUUGAAUAUUAAGGUAAGAGUUGAACAGAAGAACGAAGAAAUAAAGAGUAUAAUGAAUGAAAACAAAGAUGUAAACAUUGACGAUAAACUUGCCCAGAGCAUAGUUGAUGGCAUCUGUGAUUUUGAAGUACAUAAUGAUGGUGGAAACAUGAAUUUAGAAAAAGAAGUUACAUUAUUCACACUGUUUCAAGCUAUUAAUUCGUUACCUAAUCAUUUAAUUAAUGAAGCCUACGAUAACGUUUAUAACUUCUGCAGUUUAACAGAAAAUGCAAAAAGUAAUUUUGAAAAAGCACGUGAUAGAUAUGCAUAUUUAAUGACUUCUCCAUUUGUUUUGGUAAAGAUUCUAAAACUUUAUCAAAAGGAAUAUUAUGAUGAAUAUGUUUUGCCUUUAUUACGUAAGCCAAAAAUAACAUUUGAUAUAAAACUUGAUGACUCGUUUUUGAUAACAGAUAUUAGACGCAAGGCUGAAAAUCAUCAGUAUAAAAACAGUUCUGAAGUAAUUGAGGAUUUAUCACGUGUAAUCCGUUUUGUAG